CGUUGUGACGACAGAUCUUUGGUAUCAGCGAUAGCUCAGAACGCACUGAGCAGCUGAUGUAAAGGUGUGUGCCAGCAGUUAAAAUGGCGGAUUUGUAUCCGCCCUCGUCACAUGACUGGCUGCAAGAGUCAUGUGACGCACAGAACUAACACGAGACUACUUCUGCUGCGCUGUAUAGAAUCCUAUCCUGGGCAGCGUCACACUGUGAACCCAGGAAUCAUUGCGGCGAUCGCAAACGAAGCGACACGCCCAGUCCCGCAGGACUCAGACCAGGAAGUGCCUGCCUCAGACCACUAAAUCAAGUUACUGUGAAGAUGACAGAUCAAAGUAUGAUGAAUGAAACGUCACUGUCCACGUCGGAUUCCAUUUCAAAUGAAUGCAGCAACAUUCCCAUAGCAGAAAAUGACACAUCUGUAAAGCAUUUGGUAUCCUGUAAUUUCAAGAAUGAGGAAGAAAAUGCUUUGUGGAUUGAAAAGAAGCAGGAGAAAGGAGAAAUACUUGGCAAAGAGAACACAGAUCACUCCAUUGUGAACAAACCUUUACCACCAGAACAAGAAUCUGUAGGAAAGAUAUCUCAUCCAGCCAAGGAAACAAUCAAAAUACCAGUGUAUAGUUCACAGGACCUCAGCAAUGUAGUCUAUGCCAGUGCUGCUACAACUGGUACAGAAAGCACUGACCUCAAUGCAUUCAUCUGUAAUAGGUCAGACCUACCACUGCGUGAUACAGAGGCAAACCCUAGCCCUGAACUUGAAAAUGUAACUUAUCCACCAACCUUGGACAGUACCGAGAGAAGAGUCAUGGAAGAUAAACCAUAUGGGUGCAAGUAUUGCGUUCGUAGGUUUGCCCAUAGCUCAAGUCUUUACCGGCAUCAAAAAAGCCACAUGGAAAUUAAGCUUUUUAAAUGUAUCCUGUGUAAUAAAGCAUUUACCAGUGCCUCAAAUCUUAAUGUCCAUUCCAGAAUUCACACUGGGCUAAAGCCCUAUGAGUGUAGCGAUUGCGGGAAGAGGUUUACACGCAAAUUUGGUCUUGACCAACAUUUGAAAAUCCACAGCCAAGAGAAAUUAUAUAUUUGCUCUCAUUGUGGAAAGACUUAUACUGACUACUACUUUCUUGUCAAGCACCAACAAAUGGAAAGAGCUUCUGUGCCAUACUCUUGAGAUUGUUCAGAAAUAAAGCAUGUGUGCCAAUUA